UUCCUGCUCCUGUGCUGCGGCCGCGGCCACUAGCACAAACCAACAGCACCACGGGGCAUUGACGGAGCGAACAAGCCCCAUUUGCUGGCUGGUGUCUUGUUAUGGGCUGGUCAACGUUGCUUCGUGCAGACCGCUCUUGCUCGCUGUUUACUUGAAUGCAGUACUUUCGGUGCUUAUAAAUUGAUAAGCAAACUAGUCAUCUGGGUGCAUUUCUUGUUUAAGUGAUCAGUGCCGACUACCGGAUUGCGUUGAUGGUACGCCACUGAUGUGGAGCGUCGUCACUGGGAUACAAGUGCGGUUUGUCGCGUUGUGUUCUGAUGCUCGAGUAAGCGCACAGUCGACUCCCAGCCAACCCGUGUUCCUAAUGUACAGCGCCGCUGCAUGUCGGUGAUCGGCACGCACCUGUGGCAUUGCGCGCUUUCGUGCGAGUCUUUUUUGAAAACGCGCAUGGCGUCUCGCUGACACGUUUUGCGUGGUGCGCGUUCCUCUGGUGCGCUUCGAGUAGCGGUGUCUGUCAUUUCGCUCGUACUCCGCGCAACCGCAGGCCAUGGAGAACGACGGACGCAGCGAGGACGCCGACAGCGUCGUCGAUUUCGCUCGCCACCGCGGAGGCAACGAGUACGACUCCAACUUCGAGACGGACUCUGAGUCGGUGGUCGCGGCCAACGAACGCAAGGACCUAGUCGCGCCGUCACCGCCGCGACGUGAGCCCAAGGCUCACAGGGACGUCGUGACCAAGGAAUACAGCCUCGAAGAGAAGCGACGCGAGCGCAACUGUUUCCUGGCGCUGGACGCUUACACGAGGCACAAGAAGCUCAUCAACGACUACCUGCUCUGCUACCCGGGCGCUACGUCCAAGUUGAAGCGAGACACGAGCCGCGACCGUACCGACUUCGACGUCAUCCGCGAGAACCACCAGUUCCUGUGGGACGAGUCGGACGACGAGGAGCCGCCGACGUGGGAGAAGCAGCUGGCCAAGCGCUACUACGACAAACUAUUCAAGGAGUACUGCAUCUGCGACCUGACGUACUACCAGGCGAACAAGAUCGCCAUGCGCUGGCGCACCGAGCAGGAGGUGAUCGCGGGCAAGGGGCAGUUCAGCUGCGGUGACCGGCAGUGCAAGGAGGCCUCUGGACUGCGCACGUGGGAAGUCAACUUCGCCUACUUCGAGAAGAACGAGAAGAAGAACGCCCUGGUGAAGCUCAGACUGUGCGCGGAGUGCUCCUUCAAGCUCAACUAUCGGUUCCAGAGGAAGGAGCUGACCAAGAACGUGGCGAAGAGGUCGUCGUCUAAGCACGGCGGUGGAUGGGAGAGGAAGAAGGCCAAGGUAGACCAGGCUGAGGACGAGAAAGCCGGUGGAGAACCACCCGCAGUAGAUGAGAAAGAAGUCGCCAAAGAUGCGGAAGAGUCCGUCUGGAGCAAGCCGAGCACUGCCGAAGAAGAAAAGAGCCAGGAGGAGGAGUUUGAUUCCUACCUGGCCGACAUGUUCCUUUAAGAACCGAAUCUCGAUCGAUAGCUCUUUUGACCUCUCAUCUCUUUUUACUUCAUCCGUGAAUGUUACUCGCUUACCUGUGAUGAUGCCGACGGGGCAACCUCGGGGUAUGCCUUUUGCUACGCUGGUAGGCAGUGGAAGGACAAGGGGUGUAACAACUUUUGUGCUUGUUUGGAUGUGGUGGCGCGAACCGUUUCUGCCGACUGGUUGUCGUUUAGUGGCUAGGGACAAUUGGGACACUGGUAAGCAGUUUUGCUCAAGUACCAAGUGCUCAGUGAAAGGCUUUUCGUGUGAAUUGUUGCAGACUAGCAUAUGAAAUGGCAAGUGUCUUGUUCAUUACCAAACAAUUUUUUUUAAUGUCCCUGAAUACAGCAAAGUGAGCAAAUAAUGAGCAAAGUGUGGGAUUGCAAGGCAUCGGCAGUGUUGCUCCAGUAUCAAGUCCUCUGCAAAAGGCUUGGUGUGAACAGUUUGAAACUAGCAUUUGCAACGACAGUUGUGUUUCUUAAUUUUUUUUUUUUUGCAUAUGUUACCAAAUCACGUUACAGAAAAAGUACAGGAUUGUGAGACAAUUAAGCAUUGUCAAGUAAGACGAAGUGCUCUGUGGAAGGAUGUAUGGGUUGUUGCGUGCUAGAAUUUGAAGUAGCAAGUGUUUUGUUUAUUUCUAUACAUUUUCCUGAAAUAUCGCCAAGUAGCAUGAUAAAAAUAGUGGAUUGUGUAACACUACACUCGCAGGGUGCCCCAGGAGAUGUUGCGACAGCAGAGUGAAUUUGGAGAGCUUCUGAAUUUGUCCAGUUCACCUUGUUUGCAAGGAGUGAAAUGGCAGUUGGGUAGCCAUGUUGAUGGAUGCAGUGUGUUAAUAUGUGAAACAUGCGAAGGCACUUUCACAGAGGUAGAAAAUGGGCUGGAAUUGACAAUUAGAAAACUAGUGAGUGCCGUCCACUUGGAAUUUUCCAACUAAAAACGCUCGUUCACAGACUGCAUGUCUCCCUCCAAAUGUGCCCCCUUUCCCUUUCUCUUCUGAUGAGAGAGAGAAAUAACUUUAUUGGCAUCCUAGGGUUAAAGGGUGGGGCCCUUAGUCGAGUGCUCCGAUGACCACGGCGAUGUUGCAGGUCCGCUGCACCAGUACUUGCUGAACCUGUGGGUUUACGUUUUUUAGCACAGCCUCCCAGCUCUUCCAGGGAGGUAACAUGAGCACAAAGGCUUUUUGAAAAUUACUGUGAAAAUUUCACGCCCUCAUACCUGGUCACUUCGUAUGUGCUGCUAUUCGAUGGGCUUUAGCACAGCCAAACCCUUGCAGAGUAGAGAGAGAGAAAUGAAAGGCAGGGGGAGGCUUGAGAAAGGGCUAUUUUUUUUUUAAAGGGGAGACGUGAGUGGUGCGUAAUGUAAGGAUCAGUAUGGUUGGUUGAAGACGAGCAACAAUACAAGUUGUGGCAAUGUGCUGUGCACGAAUUCGUUUUUAGCAAUAGUGCCAAGCUGCCUGCACUUUUCAAAUUUAGGGGUGGUUCAUCAUACGGGUGCCAUGUUUAAGAUGGGUCACUUUCAUCGAGUGCUGAUUGGUUGAGCCGACCUAGUGCUCUAGUUGCUCUAGUGAGGCGUUGCUCGGGCCUCAUUAUCAUGCACAAGCAAAAAGUGUCUUUGAAAGUGAUCAGUCGAGGCCAUGAACACUUAGCAUAUGCAGAAAUCUUGCAUCUCAUGGAGGAAAUCAAGCUCACUACUACUUAUUUGUGUGUGCACUGUCUGAUAAUUCAUCCUGAAGAUUGAAGGCUGGCAAAGGCCUGGUGCUUGUUUGCUGCAUAUGGCUUAAUGCACUACCGUACUUCGGGAUCCUGGCUUCUUCGGUCAUUGGUCGCUUGUGCCAUAGAUUUUAGCAGUGCAUGUUCGGUUUUAGGUGCCAAGAAAGCGCAUCUCGCCAGCCAGCAUUAGUUGAAUGCACCAUGUCCAAGCUACUUUCAAUUUCAUUGAGACAUUGCUGAAUUGCAAGGGCUGGUACUGCCUUGGUAUAUGAGGCAUAUAUGCUGGUACUGAUUUUAAAUGGCCUAUAGGAGACUUGGUGAUCCUUGUUGGACGUUCAUUUUCUUACAGUCGUUCAUGUGCAUUGCUUGGCAGCCUAUCUGACAUGUUGGUAAAGUUGAUGUGAAGCAUUCGAUGCAAGGAUGGUGAAAUUAUGCUUGGAUAUUUGUGCACCUCCACGUAGCAGCAGCAGCAUCUUCGGUGUUGUCUCAUGUCAUUGAUUGAGUGUUUUAUGUUUGUGCCCCACUUCAGGAGAAAGCAGCCAUGCAUGGUGCAUUGCUUUUCUAUUAUUAUUUAUCCCUGUGAAGCAACAGCACUUAUGCAAGUAUGGAUGCACUUGUUUUAUUUAUUUGUAUUAAGGUGUUUUAUUUUUCUUUUAGCAUUCUGAGGUGAUGUGCCGCGCUCAUUGCGAGCCUGUAUCUUUCUGUUUUUAGUAAUUGCCAUUUUUGUCGUUGGCAGGUAGAACAUUAAGCGCACACAAAUCGGGCGGCAGAGUUCGUCACGUUUUCUUCAUUUGCUCAUUGUGCUCUGCAGUUGCACGCAUCGCAUGAAAGCUGAUGUGUUUAAUUUUUAUCUUUUCACCAAGUUGUGAAGCUCUCUAUGCAUUAAGCAAAAUGUUGGUGUAUUGGUUGAAUUUCAUUAAACUUGGCAUUAUGAUCCAGUUCUGUUUGUUCUGCUAGUGCGUGUGAAAUAAUCGAAGAACAAAAUGUAGGUUCGGGCUAGUUUCUAAUUCACUUUGCUUUUCACAACAGCACAACCAGCACAAAAGUAUUGGGGGUCUAACAGACAUCAUCACAAUGUUAAGUGUUGAGUUGAUGUGAAUUGUAUUUAACACUGAAGAUAUAUUUAAAAGGUCAUUUGGCAAGUUAUACAGUCAGAAGCAAAAAACAAAAGAAAACAUCAGAAAGAUGGAACUUGCCAAGGAAACUCCGCAGUCAUGCUUUCUUUGGAGUCAAUCUUCGCUCCCUUUCCGGGCAAUGAUGAAGCAGUCAUCAUGAAGGCUUAAGAUAUCACCUCAUUCAUUUCACGUCUGGUGCAGUGUAAAUGUGAAGAGUAGUUGCUGCAGAUAUUCGCCUCUGUUUUUAAAGGCCUUCUGAAGACCAUAAAGCAGGUUAAUGGUUCUCGGUAGGAUCACUAAUGUGUUUUGGAGAAGAAAAAAGAAAAGUGGCCAUAAUCCUACAUACAUAUGAGCACUCACAAAGGCACAAAAGUGUUGGGCAGAAGGCAAGCAUCCAUGUCGUAAUCUCGGCCCUUGUGAAGCUUUCACACCUGUGGGAGGGCUAUCAAAACAUUUUACACAGCCACUGGAUAUGUCCUGACACUAAAUCACUCAGUCUGUUUACACCACCCCUACAUUCUGGCCCAUUUCUUGCCCGCUUGUGGGCAAGUUGGGCCACUUGACCCAAACGCAAGCCGAUGCUCUGAGAACUCAUGGAAUUUCCCAACCCCACAGCAUGACAUGACAUGUUACAAGUGCCAACAGCUUGGACUACAAUGGCUUGGUGCCACGAUGAUGGAGUUUCCUUGGCGAGUUGCAUCUCUCUGGAGUACAUCAGAUUUUCGCUUUCCACCACAUGAUUUUGUGCUAUACUGAUGAACAGGUUUCUCUGGCAGUGCUGUGAAAGCUACGGAGGCAUAGAGUGCUGUUGAAAUGAUGCUGACAUUCUCAUCUGUAUUAGCUCAAGCUGGGAAGCAAGAACACAAACGUGUUGUUUAAACUGCAAAAUAAGACAAAAUACACUGCUCAGUGUUAAAUUCGACUCAAUUUUCUGCUUUUCCCUUCCACGUUUGGGCAAAUUCGAAACCGUUGCACAUGUAACCUACACUGAUUCUGUAUCUGUUCCAAGAAACCAAAAGUGCUGUCAAAUGCUGCCGAAAUACUUGGCACAGGAACACAUGCUGAAGCUAUGCCCUGUAGCUUUCUCUUCAUUACCACAGAAUGUUGUCCACGAAUAUAGGAAUGCAUGGGAGAGCAUGUAAUAAACUUCAUUUGGAAGUUGGCACUUGUCCUUGUCAGAAAACGUGUUUUGUCCCUAUUGUUUGCUGGUAGGGUAUGGCCAGUGUAUCGCUCAUAUAUCGGUUCACAUACCAAGAAAGCAUUUGAACCUUGUUGUGGUCUACCAAUCUGAAAAGCUAAACUUGUUAAUGUAGUAAGAAUGAUGUCCCGAAUUUAGAAUUAUAUCAGAAUUAUUCCCUAGAUUGCUGCUCUCUAGCUAUCGCACAGUGGCUGCUACACUACCGAUGCCACUCUAAUCAGUGGCAAGUGAGGAUGAGCCUGAGGCACCGUCAUUUUAGAUGUCGUUGCCUGAGGUUGCAGGGUCAAA